GCAAUGAAUUAUUCUUAUUAUCAUCACCAACAUUGCUCGUCUCCAUCCUCUUAAUUCCUUGCUUUCAUCGUUUUCAAACUCUUUAUACCAAGUCAAAAUCCCAAAAGCAAUCUGGAAAUGUAAUUCACACGAAAUUGAAUCCCACAAGCACAUACAUGCCUAUGAAUCCAGUGACCUCACAGGAGCUUAAACCUUCGCAUUGGAAUCCAUGGGUGAUCACUUCGGUUGCUACGAUCUGCAUUGUCAUCAUGUUAUUUGCUUACUUGAGGAUUAUAAAGACUUUUUGCAACAAUAUCUCAAGAAACCAAGAUGGAAGGAGGCUUUUGAAUGUGUCGAACCCCGAUGAUCCAUCCCUACAAUUUCAUAGCCAUGGACUCGAUUUUUCCUUCGUUCAUUCCCUUCCAAUCACCCAGUUCAAGAAAGAUAAUCAAGGAAAGUCAGAAAUGGCUCAAAGCAAUAUGGAUUGCGCUGUGUGUUUGGGAGAGUUUGAAGAAGGAGAGUGGCUGAGACAUCUAACAAAUUGCAAGCAUGUUUUUCACAUUUCUUGCAUUGACACUUGGUGUCUGACCAAUUCCAAUUGUCCAAUUUGCAGAUCAGAGGUUUAUGGUCUUGGUUUGGACCAUGAAUAUUCUGCUUCUAUGUACACAUUGUUAGAGACUUUGACGAGGGAAGAUUUCUUUCGAGAAAGGGCAGAACAUUACCAGUUUCUUCGAUCAACUAUUUUACAGAACUCUGUAUCUUCUAUUGAUCCAAGACAUGCUAAUUGACUUGGUUUCUUUUUGUUGUUUCGUGGGAAAGGAAAAGUCAAGAGAAAGUUCUAAUCUGCCAUGUCCUAUAUAAAUCAUACCGAGGUAUUUUUCUAAACCGCUAAGAUGUUUUCUGCGAUUGAAAGCUUGAGCCCCAAGAAACACGAAUAGGGUUAGGAGCUAUAUGAUGACUGAGUCAAGAACAAAAUGUUGGGGACCCUCAUUUCCAUGAACUUCAAGCUAGCAAGCUAAUUUCAAUUGAGUGAUAAUUAUUAACUGAAUUCAAGUA